GGAGGGAAGGAGAAGUGGUGAUUCCAGCACAGGCAGCUCCUGUUCUCAUCAGUCCACUAUUCAUUUCUUCAGCUCUAAACAUGCUGAUGCUGCUCCUGCUGCUGCUGCUGCUGCCAUCACGUGAUGGCCAGGCUCAGCAUGCAUCAGGCCAGAAGAAGAAUGGCUCCUGUGUGUGCCCGGUGGAUGCCAGCUUGUGGUCAUUCCCUGUUGUGAAGUAUGAGGCUGUGAUGCAGCAGGUUGAGACCUGUGAAGGAUCUCUGAACACGCUGCAGGAGCAGGUGACUUUGUCCAGCCAGUUUCUCCCUCGGUUCCAGGCUGUACUUGAGAACCUGACGGCCCGGCUGGAGCCUCACCAGUACCUGCGCAACCGGGGGGUGUACACGGACCUGUCUGUGCACCUGCUGGGCCAGGAGCUCACCCAGCUGGAGGCAGAUGUUGGUGACGUCCACAGCCAGCUUAACAACACCCAAACCCGUAAACUCUCCAAAGAGGUGGAAAAACUGCGUACAGAUGUUGACAGAAUGCAAAUGUCAGACAAAAUAAACUUGAAGACUGUCAAAGAGAGACUGCGCCACCUGAAGAAUAACGCUGAGUCCUGCAAGUCAAUCCCAAAAGACUUCAGAAGCCAGAGCAGCCACUGCCUCAAGGGCCUGAUCACCAGCAUUAGUGAGCCUGUCACGACCAAGGUCAGUCCCCAUGACAAGAGCUACAUCUCUGGUUCAUGGGGCAAACAGGCCCAGAUGGACAGUGAGGAACAGAGGAACAGUUACUGGGUUCAACCUCUGCUCAGUGGUCACAAAUGGGGCAACUCUCUGCGUGUCUACCAAAGCUACAAUGACUUCAUGAAAUCUGCCAAGUACAAGGACUUUACCUUCGCUCCAUCUUACAGUCAUACCCACAGCAUUGAGGGUCCCAGUGCUGUUCUAUAUGGUGAAGCACUGUACUAUAACUGCUACAGCUCUGCAGACGUCUGCCGCUACGACCUGAAGAGCAACGCUGUUCAUCGGGUGACACUUCCAGGCAACGGCGUGGGUUACAACAACAAGUUCCCGUAUUGUUACUACACCUGCCGUGACAACAGUGAUGUGGACAUAGAGGCAGAUGAGACAGGACUAUGGGCCAUCUAUGCCACUGUUGGUAACCAUGGUAAUCUCGUCGUGAGCCGUUUAGUUUGGGACAGCGAGGCUCAGACCAUUAAUGUGACACAGACGUGGGAGACGAGGCAGUUCAAAAAGGCAGUGAGCAAUGCUUUCAUGGUGUGUGGUGUGAUGUAUACUACUCGUUACGUGGACGAGUACCAUGAGGAGGUGUUCUAUGCUUUUGACACGGCAACGGGCAAAGAGGACAACUCACUUGCACUGCCACUGGAGAAGGUAGCUAAAGGAGUGGCCAGUCUGAGCUAUAACCCAACUGACAAGCAGAUCUACAUGUACAAUGAUGGCUACUUACUGGCCUACCAGACCCACUUCUGAUCUCAAGUUGGUCUAAUGUUGUAAUUGACUUUUAAUAGCAAUUUCCAUGUUAGCCAUGAUCGCAGAACUGUUUUAACAAGAAGCCCACAUAAAUAGAUAAGUCCUGCUCACACUGUGUAAAACUAUAUAAACUAUCAUGAUAUGAUACAUGAUAUAUGCUUUUAUAUGAAUCAUCCAUGAUGUUAGCUAAUAUUAGCAGUCAGGAUCUACAUGUCUCUACAAUUCUUAAGACAAAUCAUAUACUGCUUACUGUAACAAAUGUUUGUUAUGUAGCACUGUUACACUGUAUGGAAUAAAAUUGAAUAAAUUACCUU